AUGAGUCAUUCGGAUGCGAAUAUCCCUCUAGUGGAAAUCAUAAUCGAACCAUACACUUCCGCGAAUCCACCUCAAUAUGCCCCCCAAGAUUCACAACAACUAUCCACAACGUCUACAGCGAGUGGCGAACAAUCUCAUGCCACCCAUGAUACUCAAAGUCAAAUCACAGAUGAUCAGUCCAAUUCGACCAAUGCAUCUCGACACUCACACCAAAGUGAACGUACCCUCUCUGAGGCGACUACUGCUGUGAAUGUAGGUGCCGGUCAAUCUCAUAUCGACCUACCCAGCUUCACGGUACCAACAACUGGUCAAUCCUGCUGCGAAGCCCACUCAGACGGCAUUGCCAAUUGUGUGGGUUUUACCGUCACGGGCGCCUGUGGGGCUGGACUGGUUUUUGGUAGUGUAGCAGCGGUGUCUGCUUGCUGUAACGGAUGCCCUCCCUUUUAG